UGGGAGUUUACACACAUUCGCCUCCCCUUUUCUGCAGCCUCCCUCCCCAGCCCCAUCAGAGGAAAUAUUACAAUGUUGCAAGCUGACGUAAGGACAUUACAAGGAAAGGGCUACAUUUCGGAGUGUUUAUGAAAAGCCUCGGUACUGUACUGUCACCAGGGGGCAUGCCAUAGAAUGCAUUUCGUCCAACAUUUGGAAUAAUGAUCAUUUAACAACCACUACUACCGUAACUACCACGACCAAAAAAAAAAAAAGCGCCUCCAGCUUUGCUCUCUGGAGCCCGCGCCAGCCGGAGGAGCCAUGCAGCCAAAGUUUCGGGGACCCUUGGUUAUUUUUUUGACAUUGCAAGCUCGUCCUUGAGGAUCGCUUCUUGGAUUCUCGGCGUUUUGUUUUGCCGCCUUCAUCUUCUUCUUCUUUUCCUUAAGCAUUUCCACCUCUCCCGCCGUCUCCGGGCCUGGCAGAUCUGCUUCCCUUUGGCAAACAGAGAAAAUCAGGAAAGCUCCCUAGCAGCGAGAAGCCGCAGCAAGACGCCCUGCCUGCCUGCCUGUCUCCGCCGCGCUCACUCGCUCGCUCCUCGCUCUCGCACACACAUACAGCUCGCUUGCCUUGGGAGUCCAGUGUUGUUUUGAAGGGAGCUAACAUGGCGACGGUGCCCGUCUAUUGCAUCUGUAGGCUGCCCUACGACGUAACCCGCUUCAUGAUCGAGUGCGACGCCUGCAAGGACUGGUUUCACGGCAGUUGUGUUGGUGUAGAAGAAGAUGAGGCACCAGAUAUUGAUAUCUACCACUGUCCGAAUUGUGAGAAAACCCAUGGAAAAUCUACCUUAAAAAAGAAAAGAAAUUGGCAUAAACAUGACCCUGGUCAAACUACGGAGGUCAAGCCAGUACAAAAUGGAAGUCAAGUUUUCAUUAAGGAACUUCGAAGUCGAACAUUCCCCAGUGCUGAAGACGUGGUGGUAAAAGUGACUGGCAGCCAACUGACCGUGGAGUACAUGGAAGAAAAUGGAUUCACAGAGCCUGUUCUUGUUCCAAAGAAGGAUGGCUUGGGUUUAUCUGUACCUGCACCAACGUUCUAUGUUAGCGAUGUUGAAAACUAUGUUGGACCAGAAAGGAGCGUGGAUGUCACUGAUGUCACCAAACAAAAAGAUUGCAAGAUGAAGCUAAAGGAAUUUGUCGAUUACUAUUACAGCACUAACAGGAAAAGAGUCCUUAAUGUCACCAAUUUGGAAUUUUCAGAUACAAGAAUGUCCAGUUUUGUAGAAUCUCCUGAUAUAGUGAAAAAACUCUCUUGGGUGGAAAAUCAUUGGCCUGAUGAUGCUUUACUGGCAAAGCCCAAAGUGACCAAAUACUGCCUGAUCUGUGUGAAGGACAGCUACACAGAUUUCCACAUAGACUCUGGUGGAGCUUCCGCCUGGUAUCAUGUCCUGAAAGGAGAAAAAAUAUUUUAUCUGAUCAAGCCAACCUCUGCAAACAUUUCCCUCUACGAACGCUGGCAGUCAGCAGCGAAUCACAGUGAGAUGUUUUUUGCUGACCAAGUGGAUAAAUGUUACAAAUGCACAGUUAAACAAGGACAAACACUUUUUAUCCCCUCAGGGUGGAUUUAUGCAACUUUAACACCUGUUGACUGCCUAGCCUUUGCCGGCCACUUCCUACAUAGCCUAAGUGUUGAAAUGCAGAUGAGAGCAUAUGAAGUUGAAAGGCGAUUAAAAAUUGUCAGCUUAACCCAGUUUCCAAACUUUGAAACGGCUUGUUGGUACACGGGAAGGCACCUGCUAGAGUCAUUUAAAGGAUUGCACAAAGCUGGAAAGCAGCCUCCUUCCCAUUUAGUCCAGGGAGCCAAAAUUUUAAAUGGUGCUUUCCGGUCUUGGACUAAAAAGCAGGCUUUAGUGGACCAUGAAGAUGAACUGCCAGAGAAUUUUAAACCAGCACAGCUCAUUAAGGACCUUGCCAAAGAAAUAAGAUUAAGUGAGAAUGCUUUGAAAGUCAGCAAACCUGAAGUGGCUGCCAAUGUGAAUGUUGAGCAGAUCAGCCCAGUGGAGAAAGAAGAAAUACCAUCACCUGCACCACGGACACCUCCACCACCACCUCCACCACCAUCACCACCUCCUCCUCCUCCUCCACCGCCGCCACCGCCGCCACCACCGGUUGAAAAAGUCUCUAAGAAAAAGACCCCAAAAGCAACGAAAACACCCAAACCCUCCAAACUAGCUAAACCUCCCAAGCCACCCAAACCACCCAAGCCACCUAAACCCCCCAAACCUCCCAAGACGCCCAAAGUCAAAGGAGAAGGGAAGAAGAAAAACAAGAAAGCAAAAGAAGCUCCUCCACCUGCCAUUCCUAACUUAGAUCUUCUUGAGGCUCACACGAAGGAGGCCCUAACAAAGAUUGAAACGCCAAAGAAAGGCAAGGCUGCCAAGAAUGCUUUGAGUGCUCCUGCUAAAGAACCUGUUGAAAAGCAAAAUGAAGUGGAAAAGUUUGAAAUCCGUGAGCAGAAUAAGACCAAAACAGAAGCAAAGUGGAAAUACAAGAACAGCAAACCUGAUUCAUUAUUAAAAAUGGAAGAGGAACACAAACAAGAGAAGACACCAUUAUCAGGAAACAAGGACAAUAAAUUUAUGUUUUCUUUUUCCAACAAGAAACUACUCGGGUCAAAAGGAGUGAAAACUCCAUUGAACCCUGGUAUAUUUGGAUCCCUGCAAAAUUUCAAAGAAGAUAAAACAAAACCUGUGAAAGAUGAAUAUGAGUAUGUUUCAGAUGACGGAGAAUUGAAAAUUGAUGAAUUUCCAAUUAGAAGGAAGAAGAACACUGCAAAAAGAGAUUUAUCCUUUUUAUCUGAUAAAAAGGAAACAACACAGCACACGCCAGUGAAGAAGCCAAAGGUGGAAUCUGUAUUGUACAAGAGUGAUGACUCCUCCGAUGAAGAUUCUCUCCACAUUGAUACCGAGGCCAAGCCAGCUCGCAAUUCAAAAGGGAAGAAAGAGACUGCAAGUUCAGCAGGCAUCCUGGAUCUUUUGCAGGCAAGCAAGGAAGUUGGAGGUUUAGAGUACAACACGAACAGCCAGCCACCUGCCUCCCCCAGCACACAGGAAGCAAUCCAAGGGAUGUUGUCCAUGGCAAACCUCCAGUCUUCCGAGUCCUGCCUACAGCCUUCAUGGGGCACCAAUCAGGCCAAGAAUAACUCUGUUUCAGCCCCAAAUACCAAAAAAUCUGGAGGGAGCAACAACAAAAAUGCAGGCAAGAGGUUACUGAAGAAGAGUGCGAAAAACAACAUUGCAAUUGAAGAUUACGACGAGGACCAGGAUCACUUAGAUGCCUGUUUUAAAGAUUCUGAUUAUGUUUAUCCCUCUCUUGAAUCGGAUGAAGAUAAUCCAGUGUUCAAAUCUAGAUCAAAAAAAAGGAAAAGUUCAGAUGAUGCACCAUAUAGCCCAACAGCAAGAGUUGGUCCAUCAGUACCUCGGCAAGACAGACCUGUCCGAGAAGGUACAAGAGUCGCCUCAAUUGAAACUGGACUGGCGGCAGCGGCUGCCAAGUUAUCCCAGCAGGAGGAGCAAAAGGGCAAGAAGAAAAAGAACACCAAAAAGAAAUUGUCCCCCAACAACACAAACAAACUCCCACCGGAAGGCAGCUCUCCUGAACCCAAGCUGGAGCCUCACAGCACGAGUUUAGCUGACCAUGAGUAUACAGCUGGCGCAAGCACAUUUGGGGUGGCCCAAGUAAACCGAGGAUCUCAGCCCAUGGCUCCAGGAGUUUUCCUGACACAGCGGAGGCCCUCAGCAUCAUCACAGAAUAACGCAGCUGCCAAAGGAAAACGUACAAAAAAAGGCAUGGCCACAGCUAAGCAAAGGCUUGGGAAGAUUUUAAAAAUUCAUCGGAAUGGGAAGCUUCUCCUUUAAAACCUGGCGGCAGCAGAGACUAUAUUAAAAGUUCAGAAUGUCCUGAGCUGACAUACUAACUCUUCAACUCUUGAAGGACUACAGGAAUAUUGUGCAACAUCUUAGGGACAAUACCAGUUAACUUUUUGCCACCACUUUAAUAAAUUCUUUUUAACUUUCAGCAGUUAAACAUGUACAGAAUACUGCUAUAAAUAUUUUUUAAUAGAGAUGUCCUUUCUCAAAUUGCUGAGAGUGACGAGUUCGCAAGAAGUUACUACGCUGAGGCGCUGAGGAUCAUUCCAGUUUUAGGAAAGUAUCCCUCCCUUUAACUUGUUUAUAAGUGAAGAAAAAAAAAGCAGUCAUUUUUAACAGGAUGCAGAUGAAUUUCAGUUAUGCUUCAUUAAUCAAAACUUUGACAAUUUUAAAGAGGUAUCUGGUCAAAUGGCAAAAGAUCGGUUUUUAAAAUUUGCUCAGAUUCACUUGCAAAGGAGAAGUAAUGUCUGCCGUUUCUAUGUGUGGUGAUAAUACAUGCCAGAAAGAAUAUAAGUAAUGAAAUAGUUUUCUUUACUCAGCUCAUGACAAAUAUGUUUUGUUCAGUAGAAGAGUUGAAAUUGCACUUCAACACUACUAGAUCCUUCUCUAUAACCAGACCUUGGAUAACCAUGGGUGAAUUAGUUUAUUUUAUGUGCAAUGCAAGGUGACUUCUAGCACAUAUGGAUCACAAAUAAUAUACAAUAAGUGGAUAUAGUGUUUCAAAAAACAGUGGAAAUUUUCCUAUUAAUAUCAGGAGAUGCUGCAUUAUAACUAUAUCCACUGAGAAAUUUCUAACUCUCCCACCAUUUUCUUUCCUAUACAAGGUUAUUUUUUCUUUUAGCACUAAUUAGCAUGUGGUCUAGUCUUAUCGUCUCUGUUUUCAUCACUGCAAGUCAAUGGGCUGUAGGAGUUGCUUCGUCAGAACUUUAAAAAAAACACCACUAAAAUCUCACAAAUAGGUGUGGACAACCAGGAAACUGCUUACUGCAAUGCCAGAUAUAACAAAACAGUGAAUGUCUUUGGGGCUUGUUUACAUGGCCAUGGAAAGUGGAGGAAUAUUAUGACUAAUUUUUCCUUCUAGACAGUUCAGGGUUGAUAUUUCAGGAUGAUUUACGUCCACUCACCAGAGGCGGGAAUUCCCUGUCUUGGGGCUGAUUCUUGUGCUAACUUUGUGGCAAGAUGGCUGCUUCUGCUUGGAUUUCCCAAGUGCCCUGUGUGUAAAAAUAAACUUGAUGUGGUUGAAGCAGAAGGUCCUGUUUCUUCUAAAGACAGUUGUACUACAGGCAGACACUGCCCUUGGCAUGCAAGGUCACCCCAUCAUCUGCCAUCUCCCCACAGUCUCCUCACCUCAUUUAUUCUCUGUGUACUUAUGUGGGACCCAGUUGGGUGGAUACGGCAGGCAAGCCACAAAAGUAUUAUGUGCAGUCCUUUGUACAUUUCCUGAGAGACACAUUCUGUUGAGUUCAGUGGCCCAUAAGUGAAGACAGGGAUGAAAUUUCAGCUGAAUGUUUUUGUCCUUUGGGGGAAUUACCCCUUUGGGUCACUGUCAUCUCACAGUGAUGUCCAACAGUUCACACACAGCUUCACAUGACUACACUCAAUUAUUUAUGUCAUCUUUGAAAUGAAUCAAAGAUUUAAUAACUAAUUAAGCAGGAUCUCUUCCUUCUAGAGUUUGGAAAGUUACUUUUUAAGAGUAAUUAGUUGUGUAAUUCAUUGCAAAGCACCUAAAAGAGUAGACCUUUGGUCUAGAUGGGCAGGGUAGAAGUCUAAUAAAAUGAAUAAAAAAUAAAAGUAAUUCACUUCCACUAACUUUGCAGAAGCAUUUCACCCUUGUUUUUAGUUGCUUUUAAGUCCCUUAUUUUUGGUAUCCAAAAGAAAGAAAAUGGCCUGAAUUUUUAACAAAUUCCCUCAAAUGGCCCAAGAAAGCAUUUUUACCACUAGAAGAAUAGAAACAAAACCAGUUGGUGUAUCUUCAGUAAAAGGAAGGGAGAAAAGUAACAAUGCUAUAUGAAAAAAAAAGUAAUGCAAGUUAAUGCCUUCUCUGGUCAUUUGGGAGGAAGGAAAAAAUGGCUAUAUCCUGGCUGCCCCCUAAAAUGAGACAUUGUGGAUAAUGUUGCUUUGUUAAUUUGUGGGCUUUCUUUGUCCAUCAUUUUCUGUUUGCUGCAGCCUUGAUUCAUCCCUAGAUCAUACACACAGAUCAGAGAGAUUCAUGAACUAGAAAGUUCUCUCAGGACAACCAAAAAAUGUAAGCAGGCACUAAUCUUCUACCCCAUCGCCAAACCCUGUUUCAGCUUCCAGUUGUGGGAAGAUCAACAGGUAGCAAGAAAAAAAAAACAUCAAGUGACUGUGUACCAUGGACACAAACUAUAUUUUGGUUUUAAUGCCUGUACAUCCAAUCAAUAAUGGGAACAUAAUGGAUCAGAAGUUUAUAUAUGCCUAGAUACCAGUGAGGUGGGAAGACUGUGAGGCCUUGUCAGUGAUGCACCUAAGGCUUCUGACAUGCAUAUGAAAGCACUUCCUGUUGGAAUUUUUGGUCUGAAGGAAAGAGGUUGCUAUGUGAACCCAGGUGUCCAGUAAGACAAGAGUCAAGCUUAUUUAAAGUUUAACUGGAUACUUUUAGUUUGUUUUUUAAAACUUAGUGUCUGGUGCAGAGUGCAUUAUUUUACAUUAAACUUGUUUGUCUGCAUAUAAACACUUGAGGAGUCAAACUUUGUUUCUCAGGCAAUUCCAGGUUUUCAUUUAUAGAUACAUUUCCUAAAACAUAUUUUUUCAUAGAAUGUAGCCUGUAAAUAGCUUUUUAAUAUACCUUCUUUUUAUAAGAGCAAAUUAUCUUUAGGCGUUUCUUUCUAUAGAAUACUUCAUUAACCUUUAUAAUACAAAUUUUUUGCUGAGUAUUAUCAAUGGUUGUAUUUUAGGUUCUUUAAGAGAGAAAUUUUUGUCCUUGUUUUUAUUUUGUUUUCCUCCCCCCCCCUUUUUUUUAAAUGUUGGCAUUGCCUGAAAAACAAUAAAAACUUUGUGCAGCCUUACUACAGAAUCAAAUAUUAGUACAAAAAUGAUCUAUUUAAGACAUAUAUGGAGAAGAAUCUUCAACUUUAUAAUACCAGCUCCUUGUUUCAAUUCUUGUAUUAUGAGGGGAUACAAUUAUUUUAUUAGCACCUUGUGAAGUGUUUCUGUGUUUUGUGAUGAUGUAAUUUAUUAAUGUUUGUAGCUUUUUAUAUUUGUACAUUUCUUAUGAGCUUUGUUUAUAUACACAUUACCUGGAUGUGAUGUCCAUGAGGAAAAAAAAAACAGCUACAGAAAACAACUGAGGCCUUAUUAACUAACCUUUCUACAGAUAUGGUGGGAGAAUUGGGUCUGAAUUCUAAGCAUAAAAAUGUUAGUUGAAUAGGGCCCCAGGGUUAUGCCGAGCAGGUUUUUUUAAGCUUCCCUAGUAUCUUGUUCUUGUCAAGCCUUUAUAUAAUAUAACACAGACAUCAUGCUGGUUUUAUUAUUAUUAUUAUUAUUGUUAUUAUGAUUAUUAUUAUUAUUAUUUUCGCAACAUGUACAUUUCUAACAAAGUUUAUUGUGGCUAUCUAUUACAGUGUUUUAUUUACCAAUCCAUAUCAAAUGCUCUUGUAUC